UUGUAAGCCAAUUGUAGUUAACGUGUUGGACGCCAUUUUCUUGAAGUAUAUAAACGAGUUGCCUGGUUUACCUUGCUUGUUCUUUAUUUAAUUUUUGAUUGUAAUUAGUAAAAUUGUUUUUGAAUCUUACUUUACUUAACUUAUUAAAACAUCAUGUCCUCAUAUAGAAGCUACGGUGCCGGUUAUAAUAAUAAUCGUGGUGGUGGUGGUGGUGGUUAUCAUCGUAAUAAUACCCCAACUCCAAAACCUCCUGCUAAUUUAACAGUGAAAAGUGAUUUUUACACUGGAGUAAAUGUGCGAUCUGACUAUAGUGAACAAGAUAUAACCGUUUUCAGAGAAAAGGAAGGUAUCACCAUCAGAGGAAGCAAUGUACCUCCACCGAUCAUGGAAUUUACCGAUUAUCCUUGGCCUAAGUCCAUUUCAGCUGGUUUUUCUAGACAAGGCUAUGAUAAGCCAACUCCUAUUCAAGCACAAGGAUGGCCUAUUGCCUUGGCUGGUCGAGAUAUGGUUGGAAUUGCCCAAACUGGUAGUGGAAAGACUAUGUCUUAUAUCAUCCCUGCUUUUAUACACAUUGACUCACAAUUGAAUGAACGUAGAGAUUAUGGUCCAAUGGCUUUGGUUCUUGCUCCAACUCGAGAGCUUGCUCAGCAGAUCCAAGAAGUAGUCAAUCAUUUUCAAACCCGAUUCGGCAAUGUCUGUGUAUUUGGUGGUGCUUCAAAAGGCCCUCAAAUCAAAGAAAUCACACGCAACAGGCCAAUGCUUGUCAUCGCCACUCCUGGUCGACUCAAUGACUUUAUAGAAAGCGGCAUUAUUAGCCUAGCCAAUAUUAGUUAUCUUGUUUUAGAUGAAGCUGAUCGUAUGUUAGAUAUGGGUUUUGAACCUCAAAUUAGAAAGAUAAUUGCUACAAUCACAAUGGCAAAAAGGCAGACUCUCAUGUGGUCAGCCACUUGGCCAAAGGAAGUACGUACUUUGGCUGAAGAGUUUCUCCAAGAUUACAUUCAAAUUAAUGUUGGUGCUCUCCAACUACAUGCUAACCACAAUAUUACUCAAAUUGUUGAAGUUUGUGGUGACAUGGAGAAGAAAGAAAAACUUUUCAGUCUUCUUACUGAAAUAGUAAAAGAGAAUAGUGAAAAUAAAAUCAUAGUUUUUGCUGAGACCAAGAGAAAGGUUGAUGAUUUAACAAAGCAAUUGAGAUACUCUAAUUGGCCUGCCAUGUGUAUUCAUGGUGACAAGAGUCAAUCGGAAAGGGAUUGGGUUUUGAAAGAGUUCAGAAGUGGAAAGGCUCCUAUUUUAGUUGCUACUGAUGUAGCUGCUCGAGGACUUGAUGUCGAAGACAUAAAAUAUGUCAUCAACUUUGACUAUCCCAACUCAAGUGAGGAUUAUGUCCAUCGUAUCGGACGAACUGGUCGUAAAAACAAAAAAGGAACUGCAUACACUUUCUUUACCAAAGGCAAUUCUAAACAAGCUAAUGACUUGAUCAAUGUUCUUAAAGAAGCUAACCAAACAGUUAACCCUAAACUACUCGAAUUAUCUCGAUUUGGUGGUGGACCAGAUAAGUACCGUCGAUAUGGUUCAAGUAGAAAUGGUUUCAUUCCAAAGAACUCCUACAAUUCUGGAAGAGGAGGAGGAGGAAAUGGCUAUAAUAACUCUUAUGGAAAUAAUUCUAAUGGAAAUGGCGCAGGCUAUCCUCAAAAGAGAAAAUUCGAUUCUUUCGAUGCUGCAUCUAACUCUAACGCUAAAAAACCUUAUUAUGAUAGUUCGUACUCAUCUGGGUCUCGUUUCAAUUGAUCAUAAUCCUAUUCCUAGUAAAUCAUUUUACACACCUUGACUGGGAAUUUUUUGUUCUAUUUCAUUCAAACCCUUUUUUGAUGUAAUUGUAUGUUGCAGGCAAUUCUAAAAUCUCAUUUUCACAAAUAUCGGUUGUCAUUUUUGAUUUUGACCUCGUCUCUCGUUAUGAUUGGAGUUGAAUAUCUUGCAUCUCUUCCCAAAAAAGUUACAAGAACACAUGACUUGUAAUCUGACACCGAUUUAAACAAUCAAAUCAGUUUAAUCAUUAAAACUUUAUAAAUAUAAA